AUGUGCACCAGCGGCAGCUCCCUACUGCACGAGUGCAAGCUCUGCACAAAGCUGUCCGAGGCUCUCACGCCCGCGGUGGCGAGCAUCGAGAGCUCCGUGGCCGCGGCGCUUGACGCCGCGCGCGAGGAGGUGGACAUGCAGCUCUCUGGGGAGAGGCUGAAGGAGUUGCAGAAGAAUGUGAACGGCUUUGGCGGGCCGGUGAAUGAGUUCAAGAGCUCAAUGCACGGGAUGUUUGGACCCUUUGUAGAGCAAGACCUCAUGCCGCAAGUCAAGGGCGAGAUGGAGAGCAAGGGCCGCCUGGGCGUCACCGCCUUGGCGCUGCUGGCGAUGCUGCUGACGGCCUUCGGCCUGCUCUCGGUCUUCUGCUGGUGUCGGGUCGGCCCAGGCCAGCAGUCGGCGAGCGCGCACCGCUGCGCUUGCUGCACCUGGUGCUUUGGGUGCUGCUACAUUUGGCUGGCGUUCAUCAUUGGCGGGAUCCUGACAGCGGCCUCCGUUCCAAUGGCAAGCUUCUGCUUGAUCAUGGAUGAUUUGGAUGGCGAGAUGCUGAAGGACAUCUCUCGGAGCCUGCAGCUUGAUUUGUCAGGGGAGGAGGGUGACAUGGCCAUCAGCCUGGUGGAGCAGUGCAUCUCUGUGCCGGGGAAGAACAGCUCCGCCAACCCUGCGCUUCUAGACAUCAUCACCAUGACCGAAACAGACGGCACCAAGAAGACCAUGCGCCAGAAGAUCAUUGGCGACGUCACUGACCGGAUCAACCAACAGUUCGACGCCAUUUCGGCGGGAAUGAGUGGAGGUGAUAUGAGCGUGGCGGAGAACGCGAACAUGAAGCAGCUGUUGCAGACACUCUCUGAUUACCGCAUGGAUGCGAUGAUGACUCCGGAGCAGAGUGUCGUGACCAACAGCCAGUACAAGGAUAUGAAUGCUGAAACGGACCUUCAGAAGUACUUCGUCUCCAGCGCUGCCUGCUCUGACACAACUGCAGAUGGUAGCACCAUCUGGGGCUUGGAUUCCUUCUCCACCAGCCUCAACAGCUACGGCGCGCAGCAGAGUCAUAGCACCUGCGCCAAGAAGGUGGCGUGCACCGGCACGGCUGGCACCCCGGCGCGCCUGGCCUGCGAGGCUGCGAACAAUCUUAUGGAGCUCAAGCAGUCCUUGAACACAGUGGCGACCUACAAGUGCAGGGAGUUCACAAACGCAGAUGGGACCCGCUGCGAUCUUCUGGCUAUGAACCAGGUCAGUCCGGGCAGCUACGAGAACGACUGCUUCCGGCCGGACGGCACAUUGCAAGCGGAGGAUUUCGACUGCACGCUGGAGGAGUUCACACUCCUGGUGAGCAGUUUCUCCUCCCAGCUGCAGAAGGCCUUUGUACGCCUGGACAAUGUCACUGUCCUCGUGCUGGACACCAUCACGAAGGACAUGAAGGCGCUAGUGGGUGUGCACUUGCUGGACAAGAUGGCUCUGGUGGCCAGUGGUGUCACAUGCGGCUUUAUGGCCCAACAGUACAGCCACUUCGUGGACGGGUUCUGCUUCAAAGGGGUCUGGGGCUUCACUGCCAUCGCUGCCUCCUACGUGGCAUGCGCCGUGCUCACCUUGUUCCUGGUGAUCCUCACGUACAUGAUGUGGCGAUUCGCCUUGGACAGUUAUGAGUUGCAAAGGGAAGCAGCGGACGAUGAGCGCUUGAAAGAUCGGGAGUGA